AUGCCGACUCUUGCACAUAAAAUUGGCUCCCUCAUCUUUUGCCCUCAUUGUGGCACUCUCCUCAGUCCUCCAAGAGAUGACGAGAAAACGGUCAUCUGCGAACAAUGCAGCUAUGAGGAGCCAGCAUCAUCUUAUGAGAAUAUUGAGAUCACCACUCGGUCACAUCCUGAUGCAUUCCCUUCCGCGCUGAGACAGAAGCGCAAAACCCAAACGAAGGUUCAUCAGGGCAAAGUUCUACCAAAGGUGUCAGAAAAAUGCCCGGCUUGCGGACAUCUGGAAGCUUAUUACGAAGAGAAACAGAUGCGCAGUGCCGAUGAAGGUUCAACAAUUUUAUACACAUGUGUCUCUUGCAAACACGGCUGGCGUGUCAACAAUUAG